ACAGCAUCAUGGCCCUACCACCUCCGGUAGUGGACGAGAUUUCCGAAAAGGAAAAGGAAAAAUCCGUGGCGGGUUGGUCUCGACCUGUGAACACAGGUCGCUAUCAGAUUGUUGAUGGGCGGCAUGGGGCCAAGCCAAGGCUGGAAGGCCACUGUCUUCCCUUGUCGAGACCACAGUUUAAUGAUGAUGACGAUGAAACUAUGCCGGCCACAUGGGCCAAGCCGCAGGUGUGUAGCAAUUGCGGCACUGACCGCCCCAAUUAUUUGGAGGAUCCAAGAUGCCCGCAGUGCAAGACUGUGGAGGAAGAUGUUGACGGAAGUCGUGACGGGAUCGAUUAGUUGCCUGAUCUUUGACACGUGGAGAGGUCUUUCAACAUAGAUUAUUCGCUUGGGCGGCUUGAAUCAGCACAUUCCGUGCUUGGAGAGCGACACUCACUAUCGCAGUAUCGAUCGUGAUAUGGCAAUUGCGAGCAGCUUGCAGCCAUUCGACUCUCGGCUGGACUAAGCUAAUGGAC